AAGGAAAACGACACUAUGUUACUAUCCGUAUCUUUUGCUCAGUAUUUUCUACCGAGAAAAUUUCAUUUUCCCGACAUUUCCGACUCCAGAAAUUAUUUUCUUUCCUAACUUCAAACCCUUUUCCGGCUAAUCAUAUCUUCUUCGCAUCGCGAUUUUAGCUAUUCUUAACUCUGACGGGUUGAAUCGUUUCAGUCGCAGUCUCAGAAGAAAUGGAAAGCCAAGCCCUUAAGUUCUGAAGUUGAUGCGAUUUUGAUCAAUUUGGGGGAAAAGAAAAGCAAUGGGAGAAAAACCAAAUGCCCCAAAAACCCUAGCUGAGGACCCAGGUGCAAAAGCCCUAGAAGAAGCUUCUGGGUCAUUUGGUUUCAGUGAGAGUCCAACUGGUUCAGUGUCAGUUUUGGUGGAAAAGAAUGGUGGAAGUGAUGAUGUUGAUGAUAAGGACAAUGGGGUCAGCAAUGUAGUAGUUGCCACUCUUGCUGGUACUGAAAAGUGUUUGGGUGUUGGUCAGACCGAGAAGUGUUGUUUAUUGAACGAAGGGGUGGUGGUGGAAACUGAGGUGCAUGGGGCUUCAGAUUCUGUGGAAUCCCAAAUAGUUUUGCCUCAAAACAAUGAAGUUAGUGUAGAGGGAGAUAAGUCUUUGUCUGAAGUGGGGAGGAUUGGCAAUGGGGAUGAGAAAAGUGGGAUUGAGAAAAUGGUGAUGGACGAAGAAAUGAAAGAUUGCCCCAUGUCACCAUUGGAUGGGGUUGAGUCGCCGAAGAAGAUAGAAGUUUCUGGAGAUGGCAUUUCGCUUGUUGUGGAAGUUUCUGGUCCACCAAGUGGAGUUGUAGGGGAUAAUCUAGAUGAAGCAAAUUGUUCAGGGUUAGAGGUGGAUGCAAAGAAGACAAGAGAAUCUGGGAACAAAGAGGGAGAGGCAAUUGAUAAUCAAGAUUGCAAAUUUUCUAUAGGAGAUUUGGUAUGGGUCAAAACCAAAAGUGAGAGUUGGUGGCCUGGUCAGAUUUGUGAUCCUAUGGAUGUGUCAAAGUAUGUGGCAAAGUGCAGCUCGGGCCACAGCUUCUUGGUUGGGUACUUUGGGAAUGGAAAGUUUGAUUGGUGCAGUCCAUCUCAGUUAAAACCUCUUCAUGAAGACUUUGAACAGAUGUCAGGGCAAACCAACUCUAGAAGUUUCCUUGGAGCUGUUGAAAAGGCUGUCAAUGAGAUUGGUAGGCAUGUGAAGUUGGAGAUGACUUGUUCUUGCAUUUUGAAAAAGAGUAGGACUGAACUUCCUAGUCUGUUGGCUGGUAAUUCUGGAGUGAAGGAAGAACUGUCUGUGCCAGAGCACAAAAUGUGUGAUUUAGUUGCUCCCUUUGAACCUGCAAAGUUUCUUGCACAUCUGAAAAAUCUUGCCCAAGUUGUUUCUAUGUCUAGCAUGCUUGAAUUUGCUGUUUUGAAGAGUCGUUUAUCUGCAUUUUACUGUUCAAUAGGCCAUUGUCAAUUGUCUAUGCGUCAGCUCCGGGGAACGAAUGAUGUAGAAGACAGUACUGGGGAUGAGUUGACAGCCAGAAGCAAUGUUGAUGACCAAAUUAGAGAACAAAAUCAAGAUGGGUUUGGCAAAACUCCCUCAACAUCACUGCAGAAGGAAUCAGAGAAUUUGCAGGAUAAAGUUUCUCAUACAAAGAAAACUGUUGGCCCUGCUAAGAUUUCACGACAGGAUAUGCAUGUUGUACAGGAGAACCACAGAAAGGAUGUUGCUGAAGAAGAAAUUAUAUCCAACAAUCCGCCAUCAAAAACCAGGAAGAGAAAAAAGAGGGGAGGUUUUCAAGUUAGGAAGGAAUGUAAUGAAGCUGAAGACGUUGGUAAAUUGGCUUCUUCCUCUGAGGAGGCUGGCCUCUCAAGGUCUCCAACAACACUGGAGAACAAAGCAUCAAAUGUCAGAGAUGGUGAUAGUGGGACCGGAACAAAAUCUGAAAAGGGUGUUGAAUCCAGGGAAAGAAAGAAGAGCAAGUACUUAUCUCCUCCCUACAUAAACUUAAACUGGGGGCGUAAAGGCCCUGUUUUGGAAGAUUCUGAAACAGAAGACCCCAAGGUUCCCAAAGUUUCUUGUGCUGGGGUGGGCAUGAAUGAGGCUUCAGAACAGCUUGGUGCACCCCCUCCAAUUGUAAAAUGUAGUGGCAAGGCACAGAAAAAAAGGUCCAGAAAAUCUGUUAGUGAGGGAAACACUUCUGGUGAUGUAGAUUCAAUAAAUGCAUCUUCUGCUGUAAUGCUCUCAGAGCUUCGUUUUGCGGCUCUAGAUUGUCUUUAUCCAAGCGAAAGAAAGAAUUUUGUUUCAAUUGAGAGAUUCUUUCAUAGGUUCAGAUGUUCAAUGUAUAGUGAGGCAUCCCAAUGUAAGAUGUAUGAAAAUAAUAUAAGUGGUGAGAAAGAGGCUUUAGCAGCAGAACCCAGCUCUUUGGAGAAAGGGCCACUGGAAAUUAAGCUUCCUAUAAAACCUGAGCCAAAGAAGAGAAAGAAAAAGGAAAAAGUGACGCUAAAGCAUUUGGCUGAACUGACUGCUGGCAUACCAGAUGCCAGUGGACACCAUGUGAAAUCCAGCUUACUUGGAAAAGAUUCUGCAGGAGAUGAGUUGCGAGGUGUGAAUGGGCAUGCCCAUAAUAUGCAGGAGAUGAGUUGCCAAUCAUCCAAAGGGAAACCUGGGCGGAAGAUGAUGAAGAAAAAGGAAGGAACAAAUUCAAAGAGAUCAAAGACCAAGCCUACUCCUGGCCUAUUAGAUGUGAAUGUUGGCAUUGUUACAAGCAGUUCACUGAUAAAUGAUUCUGGGGAGGUGAAGCCUCUUGCACCAAAUGGAAAACCUGAGCCAAAUAAGAGAAAGAAGGAAGGUGCAACCUCAGAGCGUCUGCAUAUGAAAUUCACUGCUGGAAUACCAGAUUUGAAUAGGAAUAGUCCAGUACCCAGCCCAUCGGUGGAAGAUUUGCAAGUUAUGAGCACUGUUGCACUAGAUGUAAAUGGAAAUAAUGCUAAACCCAGCCCAUCAAUGAAAGAUCUGCCGGGAAUGGGUCUGCAUUCACUUGGAGUUAUUCCUGAGCUGAAUGGUAGGGAGGGGAAGGAAGGAGCAUCUUCAAAUGGUGAAUUUACUGUUAGCCUACCAGAGGUUAAUGGAAACAUUGCUAAAUUCAGUUUGAUGGUAGAAGAUUCGCAGGUGACAAGCCUGCUUGCACCUGGAGGUAAACUGAAGCCUAGGAAAAGAAAGAGGAAGGAAAAGGCAAUGAUGGAGUGCCCAGAAAUCAAUUGCGCUGCUAGCAUACCAGACUUGAAUGGAAAUAGUGCUGAACCCAGCUCAACAGAAAAACAUUUGCUGGAGAUUAAUUGCCUUUCAUCUAAAGUUAAACCUGAGCGGAAGAAAAGGAGGAGAAAAGGAGAAGUUGGAAACAAAAUUGUUGGUGGGAUGCUGGAUAUAAAUAUGAAUUAUAAUAAAGUGGCGAAUACUGCAGAAGCUCUUGGUACCACUCUUACCUUGACAUUUGCCCAGGGAUCCCCCAUGCCUUCAAAGGAAGCUCUGGUUGAAGCAUUUUUCAAGUUUGGACCACUGAAGGAGUCAGAAACAGAGGUGUUGAAAGAUUCUCCGGGUGCCCAGGUUGUCUUCAUAAGAUAUUCUGAUGCCAGAGAGGCCUUUCAGAGUUUAGAAAAAUGCAGCCCUUUUGGACCCGCCCUUGUCAAUUACCAACUCAAUCAUUCCUCAGCUGCUUCUAUGGCUUUGGAGCAAGAUAGGAAUCAGCAGGUGGCUCUAGCUUCUCAGCCUGUGGAGUCAUUGAAGACCUCAGCAAGAUCUUCUGGUUCAAAGCCUCCAAUUGGAGAGGCACGUCCCCUUUUCUUUAUUAGGCAGAAUCUUGAGAUGAUGACCUCAAUGUUGGAGAAGUCAGGGGACAAUCUUUCUCCAGAGAUGAGAGCCAAAUUGGAGGGUGAGAUUAAAGGGCUCCUUAAGAAAGUAAGCACAAUGGUUGGCUCCUCUUCCUCUUCUUAGUUCCAACUGCACUAUAUUGGAUGUUCUGUCGAGGUUGUUUAUAAGUGCAUUGCAGAUGACUCUAUUGUAGACUGGGUUUGUUUCUCCAUGUGUGACCUGUUUGUUUCUACUCACUCCAGAUGUUUAAAUUUUUAAACUCAACCUCCAUGGUUAAUUGCAUUGAGUGGGACAAGAUGCAGUGGUCUAUAAUUUAGAUGGCUACAUUUAUUUCUUUUAUUGCCUGUGAGAAGAACUUAGAUGAAAAAUUUGCA